CCCAGCCGUAAUUCAACGUGCUACUUUACAUAUUACACAGAUUCCACCGCAUAUGACGGUUUCUGUAAAAAACCCUCGUAUUUCCAUAUACAUAAUAUUACUACGGCCUUUUUACGACACUCCCCGAUUCAAUGGCCGGCCGGGAAUCAAUGGACAAUGUGUAAUAAUUUUCCGAGCUUUAUUUAUGCCUUUCCUAUACGCUCCGAACGGUAAAAGCCACUUUGUUUUCGGCAUUUCGUGAUAUACUACCAGUGCCGUGGCUCGCAGCACAUUGUUUUCAAACCAUCAUAAUCAGCUUGCUUAUGCUUGCAAUUAGCACUCAAGUAGUCGCAUUUCCAGGACAAAUGAACAUCGCAGUGAUUCACAGCGGUUCAGUUAUUUGCCGUGAGGUUGGCCAGUAUCUAGUAGCCAUUCAAGUGCAGAAUGUUGCAGAAAACUGUCCUCAUUUCACUGUGCUUGGUGACGGAAAACGUGCAAUUCGGGCGGGCAAUCCAGUGCUUUCAAUGCCUUCUAGCUGAUCGCCCCUUCUACGAGGACGCGCAGGCUCCAGCAGAGAAAACCUGCAGGGACUUUGACCGGUCGCCAGCCUACGUGGUGGACUGUCCGGAGUCGACGUUUUGCUACAAAAAGACAGUGGAGGAUCGCUUCUACAACAGCCCCUAUGUGAGGGAGGAAAGGGGCUGCGCCCCUCAGAUGUAUCGGGGGCUGAAACAGACGGCCAGCCUCCAAUGGGUGACCGAGAGCCGCUUGAUCCAGGGCGCCUAUGAAAGGGGCUGCAGGAGAGUGGAGGAUUUCGGGCUGCGCUCCCUCCAUGAGACUGAAUGCUUCUGCGAUGAAGGCGAUCUUUGCAAUUCUGCAGCAAAGCUGCAGAAUUGCUGGCUUUGGCUGCUGUUUAUCGUCAGUGGGGCUUGGGUAAUAAAAAUUCAGUGAAUAUUC